GCUAUCCACAUAUAUGGCACCUCUAUAGCUGUACUCAGCAAUGGCAUCUUUUACGGAGUGAAACCGUGGGGAUUUUUAUCACUCUGCGCGUUCAUAGGAAUGUAUGGAGUUACCACUGCUCUUCUAACCCUUCAUUUCGUCUACAGAUACAUUGUCGUUUGCAGUGAACACUACUACAAAUAUGCCAAUGCGUCGAUUUAUACAAAGUACGGGGUAGAUGCCAACGAAUUGUCCUUUUUCUGCGUCUUCACCCACGAAGUACCAAGGACGGGUGCCCCAGCUCACAACAAUACACUGGUCAUCUACGAUAGGCCUGGGCAUGAUCUUUAUAAUGAUGAUAAGCACAUUUGCCCUCAUGAUAGUCUGCGGCUUCCGAAUGUAUCUAACACUGAAGAAAUCUUCUUUGAGCCAAAAGUCAAUGAAGAUGCAGACUCAGCUGUUGAAAGCGUUGGUUGUACA